ACGAGGUAUUAAUUAGUCUUUGAGGAGUCGUUCACCCACGUGCCAAUGUAAUUGUUGGUGUCCGGGCUGUAGGCUCGACCAGCUGCGACGGGGUGGGGGAGAAAACCCGCUCACUCGCGGCGGGGAGUUGAAACCGCGCUCUGCGGAGCGUCCCCCGGUGGCCGGGCAGGACCUCGGACAGCGCCCGCGACACCACUCCUUAAUCGCCUUGGGGCUUUCCAGCCUUGCUGGUAAAGCUGCGGCUGCUUCCAGUGCUUGCAGCUUCCAAAUUUUCGCCACCACACCCCUUCUUCAGAAACUGGGACUCAUCGCGCCUGUUGUGUGGCUUUUUUUUUCUUCCGAAAGGUCCUCGUCUUAUCGCUCAAGUUCAAGUCCGGAGGACUUGCCCAGUCUCCUCCCCUUAAGUCAUUCUCUAUCCUCUGGCAACCGCGGAAAUCCGGGAGUCCUAGGCUGCUGGUGUCAGUGCCAACACAGGCAGUCCGGGUCGGUCGGGUGCAGCAACCGGGCGCAUUCGUCUCUCUCCCUCCCUUUCUUCCUUCCUCCGUCGUCUUCUCUACCCCUCCUUCUCUUGCCUCUUAAGUUUCCUGCACCGGGAAUCCAACUGUGCCAAGCCUAGGCUCCCGCGGACCAAUCCGAAUCGCGACCCGGGCACUGGGACAACGACUCCGCCAAGGCUGGACGAGGCAGCUGGACCGGUCCUCGCCCGAGAAUGGAGACGGAGCUCCAGGGAGGGCACGUCCCGGGCGCUGGAGACUCCAGGCCGUAGUAGCUCCUCCAUGGAGCCUGUUCAGAGCGGUCCUUGCUCGCUGCAUUUGCCUCCAGUCCUGUGCGGCUGCUGAGAGCGCUCCCUGCUCUGUAAAGUGGAUGUCAGGUGGAUCUAUGUUUUUGAAGGAACAAAGACUCAGCCAAGGCACCGCCAAGGAAGUUUGAGAGGAGGGAGGAUGCAGGCUGCGUGCUGGUACGUUCUUCUCCUCCUGCAGCCCACCGUCUACUUGGUCACGUGUGCCAACCUAACAAAUGGUGGGAAAUCGGAACUUCUGAAGUCAGGGAGCAGCAAAUCCACACUAAAGCACAUAUGGACAGAAAGCAGCAAAGACUUAUCUAUCAGUCGGCUCCUCUCACAGACUUUCCGUGGUAAAGAAAAUGACACAGAUUUGGACCUGCGCUAUGACACCCCAGAACCUUAUUCUGAGCAAGACCUCUGGGACUGGCUGAGGAACUCCACAGAUCUUCAGGAGCCUCGGCCCAGGGCCAAAAGACGGCCCAUUGUUAAAACUGGCAAGUUUAAGAAAAUGUUUGGAUGGGGUGAUUUUCAUUCCAACAUCAAAACAGUGAAGCUAAACCUGUUGAUAACUGGGAAAAUUGUAGAUCACGGCAACGGAACCUUUAGUGUCUAUUUCAGGCAUAACUCCACUGGUCAAGGGAAUGUAUCUGUCAGCUUGGUGCCCCCAACAAAAAUCGUGGAAUUCGAUUUGGCACAACAAACCGUGAUUGAUGCUAAAGAUUCCAAGUCCUUCAACUGUCGCAUUGAGUAUGAGAAGGUUGACAAGGCCACCAAGAACACACUCUGCAACUACGACCCUUCAAAAACCUGUUACCAGGAGCAGACCCAAAGUCACGUUUCCUGGCUCUGCUCUAAGCCCUUCAAGGUGAUCUGUAUUUACAUUUCCUUUUAUAGUACAGACUAUAAACUAGUACAGAAGGUAUGCCCUGACUACAACUAUCACAGUGACACACCUUACUUCCCCUCCGGAUGAAGAUGAACAGGGCAUGAGACUGAAGCCUGCGGAGUUAAAGGUCAUAGGACAGGGCUGUCACCUUAAGGAAGAAGGUCACAUCUGUUGCCUGGAAUGUGUCUACCCUGCUGCUCUUGUUGACUGGUGCGCACAUGCUAGUGUGAAAACAAUUGAUGUAAUUUCUGCACAGUCAGCUUCAUCUCUCAGCAUAGUUGUAAAUCACCAUAGAUUUCAGAGUCUCAUCUGAAGACAUGCUGUCACGAAUAGAGGCCCAUGAGCAUCCAUUCCUGCACAUUUCAGCUCACAUCUAUCAUGGUUCCCUGUGAGAGGGCUUUCAUUGUCUGACUCAUGAUGGUUCAGGACAAACUCUGAUCAAACAAAAAGAAUUAACUAGACAGAGGAUGUGUCUAACAUGUUGUUACGGAAAUCUCUUUUAAGGUCUUGAGUCCAUGCUAAUCAAUAAUCCCCACUCAUGCAUUCCUACUGCUUGGAGUAGCUGUGCUGGUAAAUACCUACUGUAGGAGUUAUAUGCUUGUUAAAUGGAAAAAAAAAUGUGUCUUUAGAGCUCAGUAUUCUUUAUUUUAUGAACACAACACAGUGUAGUAGCUUUUUCCCAGCAGACAGUAGGCACAUUCAAGGUGAUGCAGGACGGCUUAUCUUUCUAUGGAGGGAGGAGCUUGUUCUCAGUAAAGAUGAGCAAACAUUUGGAAUUUACAUGUGGGCGGACAGUGGGAUUACAGCUUUUCUUGCCUAUCACCGGACCUUUGCAAUGUUGAUAUCAACUAAGGCUGCUUAACACAAGUUCUGAUCAUUAUAUAAGAAGGGAAAUGCCGGGCAGACACCAUGUAAGUUAUAAGUGUCUGUCUUAUCUUUACUACACAUAUUGUAACAAACUCAAUAUCCUAGUCUUCAUUUGUAUGAAUGGUUUGUACUGUAUAUAGUUUAACCAAGUGUUAUUUGAGCUGCUUAUUAAUAUUAAAUUGUACUUGUCUCUCUGCUUGUUAUUGGUUAAAAAGGAAAAAAAAGAUCUAAGGAAUCAAUUUUAUCAAUGUAGCUGUGAACUCCAUUAAAAAGACAAAUUUAAUAUACAAAGCAUCUAUUCAGCUCAAGUAUUGUUGAAAGCUAUACAUAUACAACAUUACACUGUCUGUAUUUAGAUAUUUUAUUUCUGGAAAAAAGAAAUGUACAUAAAAAUAAAACACUUAAAGUUGAGUU